AUGGGGGACGAGAGAGGGGACGACUUUGAAGGUAUGAGCAUUGACCGCCUUAAACUGGAGUUAUUGGAAGAAAUACAUAUGAAAGACUUAGUACAGAUCUCAAUACUUGAAAUAAGACACAAGAUAGCGGACCUGGAAGCCAAACUCAAUACUGACAAUGAAGGUGGUGAAUGGAAAACCCGUUAUGAAGCACAACUUGAACUGAAUGAUCAACUACAAAAGCAAAUUGUUACUCUCAAAGAGAAAAUGGAAAAAAUCCGUGGAAAUCCUUCAGAUAGACUAGCUUCUAUUCGUGUCUAUGAGCGAAUGCCAGUGGAAUCCUUAAAUACAUUACUUAAACAGCUAGAAAAAGAAAAAAGGAGUCUUGAAAAUCAAGUGAAAAACUGUGCACUUAGACUGGAACAAGAAUCAAAGGCUUACCACAAAACCAAUGAUGAACGCCGCGCAUACCUAGCUGAAAUGUCUCAAAUAUCUGGCUCACACCAAGUUUCUAAAAGGCAACAGAUGGAUCAACUUCAUAGAAUUAAAGAGAAUCAUGUGAAAGCAGGAAGACAAAAUCCAGCUUAUCAGAAGAUAGUAAAUGCCAAGAAAGGACAAGCAAAAAAGAUUACAAAACCAAACCAUCUUCCAAAACUCAAUCCAUGA